UGGCUUUCCUUUCGAAUGUGUUUCAUCCUGACCUCCUUGCCUUCUCUCCCUUGUUCUCCAGCUGAUGGCGAGACCAUUCUAAAAGGCCUCCAGUCCAUUUUCCAGGAGCAAGGGAUGACGGAGUCGGUGCACAACUGGCAAGACCAUGGUUAUCUAGCGACCUACAUCAACAAAAACGGCAGCUUUGCCAAUUUGAGAAUUUACCCACAUGGAUUGGUGUUGUUUGAUCUUCAGAGUUAUGAUGGUGAUUCGCAAGGCCAAGAAGUUGACAGUCUUUUGAACAAAGUAGAAGAAAGAAUGAAAGAAUUGAGUCAGGACAGUACUGUACGGGUGAAGCGAUUACCACCCAUAGUUCGAGGAGGGGCUAUUGACAGAUAUUGGCCCACCGCUGAUGGUCGCCUGGUUGAAUAUGACAUAGAUGAAGUGGUAUAUGAUGAAGAUUCACCUUAUCAGAACAUUAAAAUUCUACACUCGAAGCAAUUUGGAAAUAUUCUUAUCCUUAGUGGGGAUGUUAAUCUGGCAGAGAGUGAUUUGGCGUAUACCCAGGCCAUCAUGGGCAGUGGAAAAGAAGACUACAGUGGCAAAGACGUGCUGAUUCUUGGGGGUGGAGAUGGGGGCAUAUUAUGUGAAAUAGUCAAACUGAAACCAAAGAUGGUCACUAUGGUAGAGAUUGACCAAAUGGUGAUUGAUGGAUGUAAGAAAUACAUGCGAAAAACAUGUGGCGACGUCUUAGACAAUCUUAAAGGAGACUGCUAUCAGGUUCUAAUAGAAGACUGUAUUCCAGUACUGAAGAGGUACGCCAAAGAAGGGAGAGAGUUUGAUUAUGUGAUUAAUGAUUUGACAGCCGUUCCAAUCUCCACAUCUCCAGAAGAAGAUUCCACGUGGGAGUUUCUCAGACUGAUUCUUGACCUCUCAAUGAAAGUACUGAAACAGGAUGGGAAAUACUUUACACAGGGUAACUGUGUCAAUUUGACGGAAGCCUUGUCACUCUAUGAAGAACAGCUCGGGCGCCUGUAUUGUCCUGUGGAAUUUUCAAAGGAGAUCGUCUGUGUUCCUUCAUACUUGGAAUUGUGGGUAUUUUACACUGUUUGGAAGAAAGCUAAACCUUGAAGACCAAUCUCUCCUAAUCAUGUGUGCUGCAAAUAGCCUUCCUGACCUUCAUAUGCUGUACAUGACAUCGAAAUGAGUCAGGCAAUUGAUUGUGAUUUCCUUCAAGUUUUCUUUUUUUAAUUAUUAUUUUUAAUUUAAACAAAGCGAAUGGAAAAUGUAUAUUUUGAUGCACUAGGGUGUUAAUUUUUUUUGAAAGUCAGCUGAAGGAUGAUUAGACAGCACAGCGAAGGCUGCUAAAUGCACUGAACCCCUAGAAUGUGAUUUUUGUUACUUUUUUGUGUGUGUGUGUGGGCUUUUUGUUUUUGUUUUGGUAGACUUCGAAUUUGGUUGUUUGGAGGAAUGAACAUCAUUGUUUUGUUCUGGAGGGAAGUUCUUUGAUGGUGUUUCUUUCCCAAAAAAUUGACUUAGCUAUUAAAAUUUGGUGCUUAUAAGAGUUAAGAAAAAAAUGAAUAGGAAUGCUUCGAUUAAAAUUAUAAAUGAGAAA